AUGAGAGAAUUAGGCGCGAAGAUGAGGGCGCUGGAAUUGCAGCGUCUCAUUGAAAACAAAGUGUCCGAGUGGCGCGAAAGGUCGGCGAGGGUCGCGGGCGCGAGUAUGGCCGACUCUUAUCAGCAGCCACACUUCAAACGACACACGAACAGGCGAAGGAACAACGCUGAAAUAAAUAGAAUUAUCGCAAAAUACUCCAAGAACAAUAAGAGGGCGGACGAACGAUUCGAAGUGGAGAGCUUACCGCCAGUACGUCCCGCGAGGUACAAAAACAAGUCGAACGUAUUGAAAGCAUCGAAAAGUGAAGAUAAUUUAACCAAUAUACGUGUCAUGGACUCUCGCCCGGACCCAGCGUCUAACGAGCGAAGAUUCGAUCUAUCUAAAUACAGCACCAAAAGUUGUGAGGAUAUAACCGCGUUUGUGGACUUCGGGCACACAAUGAAGAGCAAGAAUUUCGAGGAGAACAGCAUAUUAAACUCCAAGUCAGUCCCAGCAAGACAUACUCUUCAUAGUAUUGACGAAGACAUGUCAGAUAUAUCAGAGUUCAGUGAUAGUGGUGUGAGUGUGAGGUAUAAAACAAAGUUCGCAACAUCAACGCCUCUGUCGAAUAGAAAAACCUGUCCUGCCGACUCAAUGUCAGUGAUAGAAUUCCAAAAGUGCUCUAAUUUUCCAUCCGUGAGUGAAUUGAGAAAAGGUUCGUCUGAUCCGGAUAUAAUUAGCGAGAAAUCUAUAAAUUCAAGUUGUACUCUAGAUUCACGUAAACGUUGGAAGUUGCUUAAACCACAGUUUCGCAAAGGGACAUUUGAUUGUUUACUCCGCUGGCGUGGAAAGAAACCGAACACCAAUCAAAGUAGGUGA